AUGUCGUCUUUUUUCACCAUUCCCGGGUCGCAAAAAAAGCGGAAGCGACCUGCUGCCCCAGAGGCGCCAAAGAAAAGAAUUUCUGGUUCAAAACAAUCUUCUGUCAAGUCCUCCGCCAGAACUGGUGCUACGAAUUCCAAACGGGGAACCGGAAAAGAACCAAUCUCUGAUGAUGACUCGGCCGACGACGAAAGUUACAGCAGCACCUCAAAUGCAGGUGAAGAUGAGGAUAAAGAGGACCUUCAGAGCUCAGACGAUGAGGGCGAAACCGCCGCAGAGAAGAGACUUCGCCUCGCUGAGCGCUAUCUGGAGAAUAUCAAGGAGCACGUGGAUGACGCUGGGUUUGACGCUGCGGACAUUGACCGAGAUCUGAUUGCCGAACGGCUUCAGGAAGAUGUUGCCGAGACCAAGGGAAGAGUCUAUCGCCAAUUAUCCUCGCAAUUGGCAUUUCAGAGAGCGUCACAAACCUUUUUUCGCACUAAUACCAACUCCGUCACAUCCAUCGCCACAUGCGCGCCUUUUGUGUACACUACGACAAAGGAUAUCGUUUUACACAAAUGGAGGACGCAAGAUCUUCCCCAAUAUCAGUUUCCCCAGACGACAAAACGAAAGCCCACGAAACCGACGGCGCCACCGAGAAAACGACCACAAUUGGUGGCAUGGAUCAAGGGCAACAAGAGCAAAAGCAAGGACAAAAAUUACAAGAGACACACGGCUCAGAUAUUAGCAGUGGCAGCCUCUCCUGACGGAAAAUACGUUGUAACGGGUGGCGAGGACAACAAGUUAAUAGUGUAUGAAGCGGACACGCUGAAGCCGAUCAAGGUUCUCACACAUCACAGAGACGCUAUCACAGGAUUGGCAUUUCGACGCGGUACUAAUCAGCUGUAUUCGUCAUCGAGGGAUCGAACCGUCAAAGUAUGGAGUCUGGACGAAUUAGCCUACAUUGAGACACUCUUUGGGCAUCAGGACCAUGUUGUCGACAUCGACGCCCUUGCCCUGGAGCGCUGCGUCUCCGUCGGGGCGAGAGAUAGAACGGCCCGUUUAUGGAAAGUCAUGGAGGAGACACAACUCGUUUUUCGUGGCGGAGCAGUCGACAAGAAGAAUGUCCCCCAAGACAUUGACCCGCGGUCGCUACUGCACGAAGGAAGCAUGGAUCGCAUUGCCAUGAUUGACGAUGACCUCUUUGUCACUGGAAGCGACAACGGCGCCAUUGCACUCUGGAGCGUCACCAAGAAGAAGCCCGUUUACAUACAAUCUCUUGCACACGGUUUAGAUCCCGCUAUAGACGCUGUCGAUGCCUCGGCGGAAGUGAAUCCUGACCCGAAAAGGGUGGUUCCCGCACCCACGCCACGUUGGAUCACAGCCCUCAAGACAGUUCCCUAUUCGGACCUCAUCCUUAGUGGCAGCUGGGACGGACAUGUCCGUGUAUGGAGGCUUACCGAGGACAAGAGGAAAAUUGAGCAGAUCGGCGUACUUGGUGACUUUGCCGACGACUACGACAAUGAGUCUGUCAAGGCCGCUCCUAACUUGCAUGGCACUGCAGAGUCGCGCCGGCCUAUACCUGGACUUAUUAACGACAUUGCGGUUUUUGAACGGGGCGAGCGUGGCAAAGAUGGGUUAUGUGUGGUUGCUGCGGUAGCACAGGAACAUCGUUUUGGGAGGUGGAAGGUGUUGAAGGGCGGUGUCCGCAACGGCGGUGUCGUGUUUGAAAUAUCGCGGGUCCCUGCAUCGCAAACGAACGGGGAUCAUGAGAGUUCGCCGUCUGACGACGACGAGAGUGAUUCAUAG